CAAAAAGCUCCCGGAACAAUCACUAAGUGACGGUCUAAAUCAACUGAUUGGAGUUUUGCUUUUUUGUUAGGUCGCCACAUCUGUGAUUAAUAUUCCUACCAGAAUUUUAUUUUUGAGUUAAUCUACCUCCGCACUUGUUUUCGAUUUUCAGGGCAUUAUAGUCAUUGAUUUGGGCUUGCGCCGUGUUUCUGCCAAGUUGGUGCCAAAGGACCUGCAAAAUGAGCGCGUUAAUGUAACCAAAGACAUGAUUUCCAAGGCUGAUUCCCAUAAAACAUUCAUGAAUGAACCCAGACCAAAACAACCACGUCUUAUAGGAACUCAUCGCGGUGUUAUCGGACAGUUUUCGAUCCCAAUAUGCAAAUCGCUGAAGAUAGUCCCGAUAUUGUGGCCAUACACAAUGAGUACAAAAAUCUGGUUGACUACAUGUUGGGCAGUUUUAUGGAGGAAAUGCAAAUUACGCCCGAACAAUUUGAGACGGCUUGCUUGGAGGGUCGAAAUCCGGAUAAUCAUUUACAUUUUCAUCAGGGACUCUUUCAGCAGAUCUGGGCGGCCAAUGAUAUAAAAAUGUUCAUACGCAUGAUGACCCAACGGAAUGUCGAGUUGCAAUUGCAGGCAUUGGAUCUUAUAGAGAAAAAUCAAUUGGCAUUGCUGCAGGAAAGCGACCUGGUUGAUAACGCCAGUCCUACGGAGAGUAGUUGCUCACAUUGCGAAAAAUAUGGCGAAGCCGUCGAGGAUUUCAUAGCGAAGUCCAUUGAGAAAGAACUCGAGAGCCCCGAAGCAGCAGUAACUCCGGAGCCGGAAAGCAUAGACGCAGCUGUAAAUGAUAAAUUUGAGCGGCUUAAUUUAUUCUUUGAGAACCAGAAGGUCGAUCCCGAAGAUGUUGUGUCGAGACAGGAGUAUCUUCGUCAGCAACGUGAUAAAAUAAUUGAAAUUAAGAAAAAGACACGCGUCAAACAGCUGCUCGAUACGGUGGCACGAAAAAGUGCUACUGAUUUGGUAUCCACUGGUCGUCCAUCUUCAGCCCAAGCGGCACAGAAAUUACUGGAAAACGGUGGAAAAACAACUGAGCUGCUAGAGAAGGAGAAAGGUGCUGAAGGCCAAGGUGGAGAUGAGACACAAAGUUCGGCGUUGCAGUUGCGUAAGACUUUGGCUAAACGUUUGCGCGCCGAAGUGGUGGAACAUCAGUAGGCAAGUCACCCGAAAGUUGCAAUGUAGCAGAGCUUUUACUAUUACUUACACUUGAAUGCAAUAAAUACAUAUAUAAA